UCCAGCCAUAUGUGAGUAAAGAUUUCUUCCCAUGCCACGUGACAGAGGAAGAGGCACAGACCCAUUACACAAUAAUAAAAAUAUGCCUUUGGCAACAUCGAGCCAAAACUUGGAGCUGCUGCUGGAAGCUAGCAAUCCGCACAAAAAGGAUUAAAAUGUUAAUAGAAAAGAAAGACUGAAGUCAAUAUUGCACACCCCUCAGAAGGACGCUGCUGCGGCAGGACGGGGCUCGGGCUCUGCGUGUGACAGUGAUCUGCAGCAAAACAUCUGCUUAAAAUCGUGUAGGUUUCCAGCGCCUGUCAAGAUCUCACUGAAGAGAUUAGUCCUGGCUGCGCCAUGAUCUCUGCUGUCCUCCUCCUCUGGACUGUGCCCUGUGUGGCAAACCACAUCCUCGGGGGCUUUGCCAAGGGAGCGCUGCAGGAAGGUCCCCAGCUGGCAUGCAGCCUGCCAGGACCCCCCGGGCCACCCGGCCCCCCCGGUGCACCUGGGGCUCCAGGGACAGUCGGCAGGAUGGGCUUCCCAGGCAAAGACGGCAAGGAUGGCAAGGACGGGGAUAAAGGCGAGCAUGGCGAUGAAGGUCCACAAGGCAGAACAGGAAACCCCGGCAAGCCAGGACCGAAGGGGAAAGCAGGAGCUAUUGGCAAGGCAGGCCCACGAGGGCCCAAGGGUUUAAAGGGUAAUCCUGGAAAAAAUGGGGCACCGGGAAAGAAAGGGCCCAAAGGGAACAAGGGCGAGACUGGGCUGCCAGGACCCUGCACCUGUAAUGCCAACAAAGCCAAAUCUGCCUUCUCUGUGGCAGUCUCAAAGAGCUACCCAAGGGAAAGGCUGCCCAUCAAAUUUGACAGGAUCCUGAUGAACGAGGGAGGACACUACAAUGCUUCCAGUGGGAAAUUUAUAUGCAGCAUCCCAGGUAUUUACUACUUCACUUAUGACAUCACUUUGGCCAACAAACAUUUGGCCAUUGGCUUGGUCCACAACGGGCAGUACCGCAUCAAGACUUUUGAUGCCAACACUGGAAACCAUGAUGUUGCCUCUGGAUCAACCAUCCUUUCUCUGAAGCAGGAGGAUGAGGUAUGGCUGCAGAUCUUUUACUCAGAACAAAAUGGGCUCUUUUACGAUCCCUACUGGACAGACAGCUUAUUUACUGGCUUCCUGAUAUAUCCUGAUCAAGAUUAUCUCAAUGAAAUAUAGGAUGAGAAACCAAUCUCUGGGGAAAAAAUAGGAAAUGCAUGAGACCUCAGUCCAGCAAAGUGUAGCCUGCGCACGGACACGUGUGGGAUUAUCAUACAAUUCCACAUUUUUGGCACUAACAGCCUGUAUUGGCUAUUUAGAUAUUUACUUGAUGCAAUCAACUAGUCCACAGGCUACCAGGACCAGUAGGACUCACAUUAAAGCAGCCUCAUGAAUCUCUAAAUCUCGAAACCACCCAUUAUGUUUUCCAUGAUGAUUCCAACAUGUCACAGACACGUAACUCAAAUACUGGUGCAGAAUGCUUUAUUUUAUUAUUAUUAUAAUAAAGCAUGGAAACCAACAACCAUUUCCUGAAAGCUGAGGCCAGAAGUGCUACUGAUGCUGGAGACACUAUUGCUGCAUCUCCUCCCCCUACACCCCAUAAUAGUAAAAAUCCUUGUCAAUACAGAGUUACACUUUACUAGCUCCUUAAGAGUCAGGAAAUUGUCAGCUAUAGUUAUAAAAGUAAGAGUAGCUCUCGGCCUCAUCAAAGCAGUACUAAUAAGCCAAGGCAUCUGGUCUAAAUAGGAAAUGACACGAAAGAGAGAUCUCAUUUUUGAGGUUAAAGGUAAGAUUCCUUGUAAGACACAAGCCAUUGCACUGAGCACCACCGGCGUUUCUCAGAUUUCAGCCUCGAUAUACCAGCGUUGGGGUCCUGCGCCUGGUUUCAGACAAGCGUUGGUAAACGGUGACCAGAGCCUGAACUGGACCGUGCAAGCCAAAUACCUGCUGGGCUCCGAGCCACGGUGGAGGAUGAACUUUACAGAUAAGACUCAACUGUCAAAGGCAGUGUGAACCUUCACGCCAGAAACAGACUCGUUAAUAACCCCCUUCCUUCAUCCCUGCCAGCUUCUCCUGGAAGGAGAUACUUGUGGUGCUGCUGAGACUCUCCUCAAGGCAUUAAUGCUACAGCGAGACCCUAUCUUACUGCUGCUUUGCCUUUUUCAUGUUAUACAUCAAAUAUUACAGAUGGUCCAAAAAUCAGUGUUUUGGUUCUAAACUGUGUGGAAUAAAAACCACCAAAACCCAGAAAACUCAAAAGCUGAACUUCUUCUCAGCUGAGCUUUUUGCUUUUGCUAAGCUGAGCUUCGCAAGUUUUUUUCCUCCUCUGUAUCAGCUGAUGCAGGGACAUACACCAAAAUGUUCGCAAUUACCAGAGCAAAGAGUUCUCCUGAUACAAAGCCACUUGGUCUGGCUGCCUCGCCCCAGGGCGCCCAGCACUCCUGUAACACAGAUCUGUCUCUCUCAGUAGCCCAAUGGAAGGAGUCUCUUCCUCGCUAUCUGAUGCAUCGUCUUGUUUUGCAGCCUUAUUUCUCAUCUCCUUUAUUACUUGGUAAAAACCCUCAUGAGCUUCCAGCUCCUCUAAUCCUCAUAUUUAGGCAUUGAAGGGAUACCC